GCCGAUACACGAUGCUAUUCUUACUGCUUCUCUUCAAGAACCACAAAAAGCUUCUAAAAAUUGCCAUAGCGCUCUCACUGCUCGUGUUCUUGUACUUGGUAGGUUUUAUGUUGUAUCUCCUGAAAAACGUUGCAAUCGAGAUUACGGCAAUGGACAUCGUGGACGGGUACCUAGAAACACGGAUGACCGUCAGCAACGACACACCCUUUGACGUGUUUUUGAACGAUCUGCGGAUGAACUUGAACGUUGUUGAAUUGACCGAGGCUAUCUAUGGUGAUAGCCGGUUCAAAGGCAGGAAAAUUGCGGGCGAGAAGACCGUAAAGCUCAAAUUCAGGUUCCACAUCAUAACAGAGUACGAGGCAGAUGCAAUUGAAGGAGACAUAAUCGUCAUUUUAAGCAAGUUUUAUAUAAAAGUGCCGCUCAAGCAGAAAAUCGGUGCAAACAGCGUGUAGAAUAGUGCUGGCUAAGCGUGUAGAACGUGCAACAAAACGAACAUAGAUAAACUGUGCUAUCACUACCCACGCAUUGUGUCCAUUUUGUCCAGCAGCUCCC